AUGACUUUGGAUGAGAUUUUUGCUACAAGUAAUGUACAGGCGUUAUCCUGGCAUAGUUUUGAAAAUAUACUGACAAACUCGCCGCUGAACGAGCGCAUUGACAUCGAGCUCAACAAACUGCCAGUGGAUGAGGCUUGUCAAUACUUGUGGGAGCUGAGCGACAAGAAUCUACAAGCCGAGGAGUUGGCCACGCUGCAGGUUUUGGCCAGCAUUAUUUACCUGUUGCCGGAUGACCAGAAACUACUGAAGAAGGCACGUCGAGUGCUUUUGAGGAAGUCCUUUCAGGCACAAGCCUCAUUGGAUCCGAUGCUAGUCCAUUACUUUAGCGAGAAUCUACUUAACUACUUUAACCUAAGUCGUCGAUCGAACGUUGGAUUUAUCCUGAAUAUUGCCAACUUUAUAUCUACGAAAUGUGCUCUGGGAAAGGCGGUUGCCGUCUGUUUGUUUUGGGGCAUUGUCUUUCAGUGUGGAGAGAGUCCCAUUCUCAUACAUCAACAUCGUGAUUUGGGUGAAUUGAAUGGCAUUCUGAGAGACGUUCCCCUGGACACCAUUAGCAUGGAUAUAUUCUGUAUUCUGUUGCACACAGUCGGAUGUCUGCUGCACUUGAUGCUGUGCAACAAGUGGCAAUCGGAGUUCCAGGCCAACGGUUACUCGUCCUUUUACUUUCGUCUGCUGCCACAGGAUAGACUUAAUCUUCGGGCAUGGCUCCAGCAAUCCCUUCAAUCAAUUCAGUCACAAUAUAGGAAAAUUCCGCAUCGCAUUCGUUGUGAAGCAGACAAGAUUCUGGCCUCGAUGGAUUAUCUGGAAUCGAACUCUGCCCAAUGGUGCCUCGUCUGCCAAAGCGAAAGCAGUGAAAAGACCGAGGUCUGUGUCCUCGGACAGAUCAACAAUAUAUACGAUUGCUCAAAGGUCUAAUCACAAAUUGUAUUCCCAAUGUAACUUCAAUUCGAAUUCCAUCAGCAUGUUUAAUAAAUAAGCAUCGACAAGGCC